GAAAACGAUUGAUUGGACGUGGGAGGAGGACUAUGUUCAGAAACUACUGGAACACCAGCAUCUGGAAGUCUUGAACCGCAUGGCCACCUCUGAUCCUGAGCUCAGAGCACGUUUGGAAAAGUCAGAGAGGCAGCUUCAGACAAUUGAGAGGAAACGUCAUGUUGGGGGAAGAUGGACUUUAAACACUGAAGCAUCUAGACACCUCCUAAGUGCCAUAGAUGACAAGAAACGGCAGCACGCACUGCAGGCAAUGUACAGGCUGGUCUUGGAGCGCAGGUUCCUAUGCGGCCUGGUGAGAAAAUAUGCUGAUGGACAGAAGAUAGCCAUCAGAUUGUCUAAAAAGAUCAAUGUGGUUGGCCAGAAGAUCAAGAACAAGGUCAAAGAGUACAACUCCACAGGAACAUCUAGCGCCUUGGUGUACCAUGAAGUCAUCCAGAUUGACAACCCCAUCUGGUCAACCAUGGUCCACUCCGAAAAAGAUGCGGACAUAUCUGUCAAACAGAGACUUUUUGUUUUGUUGAACACCGCCGAAAGGGCAUCAGAAGAGAGAGAGUACUUGUCGGAGGAAUGCAUGGCAGGCAAGCUGUUCUAUGAGAAGCAGCUUGUAGAGGUUGAGAAAUGCCUCUUACCAGACAGUUUGCCGUCGGUGUCCUCUAGAGAGGACAAAGGAGCCCGUGCUGCAUUGCUUGCCAAGAAAAGAGAGUUUUUGUUCCUUCACUCAAAAUAUGUCAAUCUUGUCAAUCUUCUCAGAAGUACAGAUGUCAUUGAUGAGGUGAACAGCGCUGACUCUGACAUUAGUACGGACGAAGAGGAGGAUUAUGAUGAAGAGGAGGACCAAGCAGUGCAUCAUUCCUUGCCUGAGUGA